AUGAUCCACAGAUUUACAAGCUCGCCAGAUUGCUCCUGGCCUUUUCCACAGUUUUGUCAGCACAGCAAAGGCACGGCAAAGGCCAGGGGGGAGCGGCGGAUAUCGAUGAUGUUUGACCUGAGCCACGAGGUGCACUUCUCGCAGGACGACUUGCACCCCUGCACGUGCGACGAGGAUUUCACACACAGGCUGCUCUUCCAGACCAACCCAUGGCUCAACAAGCACUUCACCUUCGAGAAACUGCUCGGGGCAGGUAGGUCUGCAAGCCUCAUCGAUGUGCGUCAGUCGUCUGUUUGCUUGACGCUGUCUUUGCUUCAGGUGCGUACGGUGUAGUGUACGCCGCGCUCAACAAGGCCCAUCCGGCUGCUCGUGUGGGCGAGAGGGUGGCCAUCAAGGCCAUCAACAAGCAGUAUGACAGCCAGCAGAACGAGAUCAAUACCGGCAUCGCUCGGACCACCAUUCGUACGUGAAGCAGCAGAGCAGAGAGGAGGGGGGAGGGGCGACCAGCCUGUGUGUUUGUGUGUUUUUGUCUGUGUGUGUGUGUGUGUGUUUGAGUGUGUGUUUGAUUUUCUCCGUUGCAGGUGAAAUUGCGCUUCUCCGCCACAUCUCUGACCACCCCCACGUCGUGUCGCUGCUCGACAUCCACCUCACACACGGCGACGGACCACAGACCUUCCUGCUCUUCGGUAGGCAGAGUGCCUCUUCUCUCACACAGAGAUUCGCUCAUGUGUGGAGGGGUGUGAGUGGACGUGUUGGUUAUGUAGAGUACUGCGACACGGAUCUGCGUGAGUACAUGGAGAGCUGCGACGGUCCGCUGCCCUUUGCCACCGUCCGACGCCUGGCAUACGAGCUGCUGCUGUCCGUCGCAUACCUACACUCCAAUGGCGGUACACCUGCAGAAGCAACGCGACAGCAGCCGAGUGGAGUGGAUAUGUGUGUGUGGUCUUAUUGUGGCUGGCAGUGAUGCACCGAGACCUCAAGCCGAGGGUGGCAGAACGAAAGAAUGGCUACGUUUAUUGGUCCUUGUGAAUGGAUGGAUUGACGCAUGAAUGCAGAACUUGUUGUUGCUCGGCGAUCGCCUUGUGGUUGCGGACUUCGGCCUGGCCAAGAUGAUCCACCCGCCAAUUGCCAAGAAACUCGAAACAUCUGUGGUGGGAUGGGGUGUGUAGACAACAAAGGGCGACUGGGUGGCGUGGCAUGUGUGAAGGGUCUGUCUUCUCUGUCUGUAGGUGACGCUGCCCUACAGGGCGCCAGAGCUGCUCCUUGGCGCCAAGACCUACACCUGCUCCCUCGACAUCUGGUGGGUUUGUGGGCACAUCCCACCUCACUCUAUGUCUCUCCGUGUGUGGCUAGGUCUGUGGGUUGUAUCGUCGCCGAGCUGUUCACGGGUGUGCCCCUCUUCCUCAAGGAACGAGCACUCGAGGUUCUCUUCGACAUCUACAGCAAGCUCGGCACGCCCACACCCGACACAUGGCCAGGCGUCGACCAGCUACCACACUACAGCACGGUGAGACAGAGAGAGGGAGGGAGGGAGGGAGGCAGGGGGAGAGAGAGAGACAAGCAACCAGAGAGAUGCCUUUAUGGCGGCCUUUCUCCUUCAGAAGCAUCCCCAAUACCGUCGCGACCCUUUUGAGGGCAUCCGUCAGGCGAUGGAGGAGGCCCACAUCAUGCAAUACCACGGGUGGUUCGCUGACAUCACCGACACUCAAUUCGACCUGCUGGUGGAUCUCGUGUCGAGGUGGGGAGACAUAGAUGUGGUGGGUGGAGAGAGGGAGAGGUGGGUGACACACGUGUGUGUGUCUGUGUGUGUGUGUGUGUCAGUAUGGUCAGGUGCAGCCCCGCCGACCGUGCCGGUGCCGUAAACCUGCUCACUCACGAGUUCUUCGGUCAGCUAGAGAGAUAUUGAUUGAGUAUGCCCUUUGCCCACGUCGUGUCUCCUCCUCUCCAUGUAUGCAGAUGGCCUCGACAAGUUGCCCUGCCCCACAACGUUCUACCAAACGUCAUCGGCUGUACCCCACCCCCACCCCCACCCACACCCGCACCCGCACCAGCUGCCGCCCUCCCUCACCAAGGCCACAGAGCAUGACGACGACGUCUGUGUGCGUGCGUCCAAGCGCAUCAAGACGAGCGGCCCUGCCGCAGACGCUGCGUAUGUGCGAGCAUCGAAGCACAUCAAGACGACUGUUCCUGCAGCAGAGCGUGUGGCGAUGGUGGAUGGAUGAGUUGAUGUGGGUGUAAGUGGGUGGAGGAAUGCUGCGUGUUUGGAUGCGUGUGGACCCACAAUGUGCUGUGGGUGACUAGACUGGACAGUUAGACAUGCAUCGCACAUCAACGUGUCUGUG